AUGAGGGGCGUCCGGCCCCGCAGCCCCAGCGCCUGCCCUGAGCCCGCGGGGCCCCCGCCGCCCGGAGCGCCUGGAGCGCCUGGAGUGCCCGGAGCCCCCGGCCCUGCCAAGCGCCGCCGAGUGCAGGAGCCCGUGGCCGCCGAGCCCCGACCCCAGCCCGGCCUCCCGGCCCCGCCCGCGCCCCCGCCCGCCGCCGCGCCGCUCACCUCCAUCGUGGUCCUGGCCGCCGGCUGCGCCCUGCAGGUGCCGCUGGACCACGUCGACCUGCUGCUGGAGCCCGCGCCCACGUCGGUCCUCAGCGUGUCUCUGCCCGGCCACACGCUGCUGCUGGUCCCCGAGGGCCUCCUGGAGGCCGCCGGCCAGUGCCGCUCGCCGGGCGGCCUGGCGCUACCCGCUGUCCUGGACGCCGCGGCCGAGGACGUCGUGCUGCAGCAGGGAUUCGUGUGCGCAGCCCCCACGGAGAUGGCCGGCCAGGGAGAGGCCUCGGAAGACCACGCCGACCCCGAGCUGCUCCUGGCGUUCCGCGGGGAGCCUGCAGCCGGCUGGGCCGCAGGGCUCUGCCUGGGCGCUGCAAGGGGCUCCAGCCGCGGCUCGGGCUUCGACCUGGACUUCGAGCUGUGGCGGCCGCUGCCCGGCUCUCCGCUCCAGCCUCUGCCUCCGUCUCCCAGUCCAGGGCCCCCGGAGCCCCCGGGGCGCCCGCAGCGCCCUCCUCGGCCCGCCUGCAAGGCCCGGAGACGCCUGUUCCAGGAAUGA